AGCCACUUCAUUCGUUCUCCACCACUGUACUUACCUGGCAGUGCAGUCGCCAAUCACGCACCCCAGUUUUCAGCACCCCAGCUCCGCGUUUGCUGGUCGUCAGCAUUUCUUUGAGGCGCACGCACGACAGGAGGGGGCUUUGAACAGCGCCGGAAAGCCCAAAAGGCCCCAGGUCAUCGCUGGAUGAAGCGAGAUCCCCGACCGAGUCCCCUUGCUAGCCAUGAAAUCGGCCACGCUUCGCGGGCUGCGGCAACUGCUCUGGCCGAAGAGCACCGGCAGCCUUGAGGGCGCCAAACCGCCAAGACCGACAGCGUACCUCGACGGACUGAGAGGAUUUGCGGCAUUCUUGGUGUACAUCCACCAUCACCAACUAUGGGCACACAGCUCGAGGCAGAGGGUCAUCCUUGAGAACGCAUGGGGAUGGGAUGGGGAAUAUCACCUGGCGACUUUCCACGGCAUCCGAAACUUCUUCAUAGGCGGCCACAUCGCCGUGGCAGUUUUCUUCGUCAUCUCAGGCUACGUUCUCUCAGUCAAGCCUCUCUCACUCAUCCACGCCGGCGAGCAUCUCAAGCUCUUUGACAACCUCGCAUCCGCCUUCUUCCGCAGAUGGUUUCGACUAUACAUUCCCCUCAUAAUAACGACUUUGGUCUACGUCACGUCGUGGCAUCUUUUUGGAAUUUGGAACGCGGCAUGCGAGCCCAAGCAGACGAUCGGCGAGGAGCUCUGGAACUGGUAUGUCCAGUUCAAGAACUUCAGCUUCCUCUUCAAGGAGGGAUGGCCAUGGGUCGACUACAACGCCCAUUUGUGGUCGAUUCCGCUGGAAAUGCGAGGGUCCCUCAUCAUCUUCACAGCUUGCAUUGCGUUAUCACGGGCGACAACCAAGGCUCGGCUCCUCUGCCUGCUCGCGCUGGUCUUCUACUUCCUCUACGUGGUUGACGGGUAUUACUGCGCAUAUUUCGUUGCCGGGAUGCUGCAGUGCGACUUGGACUUGCUGGCGAAGAGCGACGGCUACUUUCCGCGCUUCCUCCGGCGGCUUGAGCCUUACAAGACCGUCAUCUACUACCACCUCUUCUUCAUCGGCAUGUACCUCGGCGGGGUCCCGGCAGAGACCACCAAGUUCGAGCGGCUGCAGGAGAGCCCAGGCUGGCAGUGGCUGUCGUACCUCAAGCCGCAGGCCGUCUUCGACUACAAGUGGUUCUACCUCUUCUUCGGCGGCAACAUUAUGGUGGCCUGCGCGCCGCGCAUCGGCUGGCUCAAGCGGUUUUUUGAGUCCCGCUUCUGCCAGUUUCUCGGCCGCAUCGCGUUUGCGCUUUACCUCGUUCACGGUCCGAUCCUGUACACGCUCGGCGACCGCGUCUACUACGCCGUGGGAUUCGUUCGCGAGGCCAACGACGGGCACGAAAAGGUCGCGCACUGGGCCAACCUUUUCCCGCUCCCCAAGACCGGGCCGUUGGGCCUCGAGAUCGCCUUUCUGCUGCCGAACAUUAUCCUACUGCCGCUAACGCUCUGGACGGCCGAGUUCGUGACCCGGAUGGUGGACGAGCCGGCGGUCAAAUUCUCGGCUUGGUUGUACAAGCAGAUUCAGGGGGGCGCAGCACCGGAGCCCAGGCCUGUUGAGCUCGCUCCAUUGAUGAGGGUGGAAUGAGAGGCGGAGGGAUAUGCGCGGUAAUGACCUGGAGUCCUCCGUGCUUCGUCUUCUGCACUUCUUUU